AUGCUUAAAUUUCUACACUUAAGCAAACUUUCAUUCAGAUUUUUAAAUAAAAGUAUAGCUUGCUUUUCAUAACCUUUUAUUUAAAAAGAAUAUCAAUUUAUUAGUGAUGAUGAAGUUGAUUAUGAAAUCACAGCUGCUUUUGUUAAUGAUGAUGAAUUCUAAAAUUUUGCAAAUGCUUAGACAAUAGAAGAAGUCAUUAAAAUUUAUCAAGAAAACAAUUUAACUCCUGAAUAGAUUCAUUUUCCUGUAUUUCAAAUUUGUGCACUUCUUAGAAGAAAUCCAGAAAUAUAAAAUGAACUUCUUCAUCAAUUCAUUAUAGAAAAUGUUUUACCUAAUUUUGAAACAUUAAAACCAUCAUAAAGCAUAACUAUUAUUGUAUUGUUGUAAAAACUAUAAAAUAAAUCAUAUAAUGUCUAAAUCAAGAAACAUUUAGAGUAGAAUUUACAAAAUUAUAAUUCCAAAUAAUUACCACAUAUAUUUUAUUUUUAUUCAAAACAAGGUUGGAAGAUGUUCCAUAUUGGUAAAAUCUUAAAAUAACAAUUAAAAACAUUUGAAUUUAAUAUAGUUGGACUAUGUUCAAUCAUAAGAGCAUGUUAUAUAGAAUCAACUUAAUUAAAAUCAAUUAUUCAUUCAGAUUUAGCAUUAAAAGCUAGUAAACAUUUAAUAAAUAUGGUUGAUGAUAUGAAUAUAUAAUAAUAAAUAGCUGUAUUUAAUUAAUUAGCUAAAAUGAAAUUGUAAUAGAGUACAUCAAAUAAAUAAUUCCCUUAAUUAUUAUAUAAAUUAGCUGAAAUCUUUGUUUAAAAUUUAGGAAAGAUUAAUUUACAUUCUAAAUUAAAAUUAUUGUAAUCAUAUUAAAGUUUAACUAAUACUUUUCCAAAUACACUUUUUGAAAAUAUAUAUAAUUCAAUUGAAAUAGAUUCCUUAAAUAGUUAAAAUAAAUUAAGACUUUACAUUAAUCUAAAAGAAUAAAAAUCUUACAAUAGACCUAAACCAGAAAAAAUGUAAUCAAUUUUUAAUAAUAUUAAAUUUGAUGAAAUAACUGAAAAUAAUCUUUUAUUAAAAUUUCUUGAUAUAGAAUUCAGUUAAUAAAAUUAAUAAAUUAUUGAUUCUAUUAUAAUUAGAUUAAGUAAUGCAUAAAAUUUAAAUUCAAAAUAAAAAAUAGAAUUUCUUAGAGUCAUUAUUAAAUAAAAUAAAGUUUCUAAAUAUUUAGAUCAAAUAAAAAUCACCAAUGAUCAUUUACCUAGAUUAAUUGAUUAAGCUUAUUAUUGUCAUAAAUACAUUAAUAAUUUACCAUCUUUGGAAUAAUAAGAUAAUAUUAAAGCAUCUACAGAAUAAUUGAUAUUAAAAUUACAUGAACUUGAAAAUAAGAGUAAAUUAUCAAUUAGCCAUUAUAUAUUAACUUUAGAACCAUAUCCUGGAGAUCCUUUUUAUGAGUUUAUUAAUAAGGAAAUAAAAUUAGACGAAUUACCUGAAAAAGAUUAUAUUCACUUUCUUUUAAGGUUAAAUAGUUUGAAUCAUUUAAAUCAUGAAUUAAAAACAAAAAGUGAAAUGAUGACACCUUCACUUGAUUAAUUAUAAAGUAUAAUAAAUAAUAUUUCAAAUAUUGAUUAUUUAAAUGAUAAGUUGGUUAAAUAAAUAUCUAAAUGGCUUUUCGAUAUUGCAAAUAAGAGUAUUAUUGAUGGAACAUUUAAUGUACAUUUAAUGUUAAACUUAAUCUUUAAAAUUGUGUUAUAUACUCCAAUAUAUGCAUUACAUACAUCAAGAGGUACAGUUAUAUAACCAAUAAGAGAAUUAUUAAAUUUUAUAUCUACAUAAAUUUAAUAACAUUAAGGAAACUUAGAAGUGGAUUUGUAUUUAUUUAUUAGAUUUACUAAAUCUCUAUUUAAUUUAGAUAUUAAAACUACUUUAAUAUAUAAUAUAUGUUAAAAUUUAUGUCAAUAACUUGAUGAUUUUUAAGAUAUUGACAAAAUUUAAAUUGCUUCUAUAAUAACUGAUUAGAAUCCAGAUUUAUUUGGAAAUUUAUAAAUUAUAAAUUCCUUUUUAAUUUAAAUUCUAAAUUUAAAAGUGGACAAAUUUAUUUAUAUUUAAAUUAGAACUAAAAUAUUACUAUAUUAAUUAAAAUAUAAAGAUAAGUUAAAUUGUAAUGUUUAGAUUAAUUCAUUAGAAGAAAUGAUAACUUAAUUAAAGAUGGAAUUGAUACAAUUCAAUUUUUCCAUUAAUAACAAAGAACAUUAUUUUGAUGGAUUAAUGACAUUAUUGGAUUAUGAUGCUUGGAGAAUUAAUCCUUAAAAAUAAGAAAAUGAUGGAUUAUCUGAUUUUAUCAAAUUACAUUUUUAAAAUCUUAAUGAGACUUUGAAUAUGAAGAGUAUGAGACCAGGAUUAAAAACUGUUAUUAGAAUUAUUAAUUAAUGUGAGAAUAAGUAUUAAUUCAUAUAAAAAUAUGAAAAUUUAUUUUAGUAAAUGUUUUCAAAAUGUAAAUAAGUUAGAAAUUAAGAAAUUCCACAUAUUUAAGCUUGUUUAGAUUAUAUUGAAUUUGCAAAGAAAUUAAAAUUAUCUAAUAAAGAUAUAUUCAAAUUUUUGAUAGACUAAAUAUAAGAGUAAGAUCAUAAUUUAAAAUCUACUUAAAUAGUUUAAAUUAUAUAGAAAUUUGCUGAAUUGAAAAUUUAUGCAAAACCAUUUUAUGAUAAUCUCAGUAAUAUGAUCAUAAAUAAUUCUAAAUAAUUUUCAAGAGUUGAAUUAUUAGAUGUUAUGAAUGCUUUUACCAAACUUGGAUACUUUAAUUAAGAAUUAGUUAUUAAUAUAUUGGAAAAUACUCAAUUAGAAUUAAAACAAUUAAAUAAUGGUAUUAUUAGUGUUUAAACACUUUGGAGUAUUUUAACUAAUUUCUAUUAUUUUAUGAAAGAAUUGAAUUAGAAUUUAUUUUAAAGAUAUGAGGAAAUCAUUAUGCAUCUUAUGUAGAAGUAAAAAUUUAGUAUAAUGUAGUGUAUCUUAGUUUGUUUAUUUGGAUAAGAUUUAAAAAUUGCCCAUAAUUUUUCGUCAAUUUAUGGAUAUUUACAAUCUUGUAGAAUUUAGUGGAUAUUUAGAUUUAUGUAAGUUUAUUUAUUUUUAUAUUGUAGAAUUGAAUCAAUUAUAAUAAGAAUAGGCUAGAUUAAUAGUUGAGAAUGGUAAGAAUAAAAUAAAAUAGAAUUUAAUUCCAAACUAGAAAUCUACUUAACAAUUCCGUUCGUUGAUGAAAUUCCUUGAUAAAAAAAAAAUAGAGUAUAAAAUGCAUUAUUAUUUUGACUCACAAUAUGUUGAUUUUUACAUUGAAACAAAAAGAAUGAUUAUAUCAGUGGAUAAUUCUUUAUAUGUGACUAAUGAUAUGGUAAUGAGAUGAUUGUUAUCUAGCAAUAAUAUACAGGAUUUCAUUAUAUUAAUUAAUGGAUUUUAGAAGGAGCCACAAAAAAAUAUGAAUUAAAAAACAUUAGAAUUAAGGCUUGGCAAUGGUUAUAAAUGAGUGAUGAAUAAAAAACUAAGAUUUUGUAAUUGUGA